AUGGACCCGGUGGAUAUCAGCGACUAUCCAGAAAUAUACUUUGUAUUUCAAUGCGUUUCAGUCCCAGCCACCCUCCUAAACCUCUUUGGACUCUACGUAAUCUGGUUCGGCACCCCGAAACGAGUCGGGAACUACAAAACUUACCUCUGCUACCUUCAGAUCAAUGCAAUCCUCUACGACCUAAUCCUGGUGUACCUGAUCUUUCCCGUAUUUUCCUUCCCGGCCGGUGGGGCCUAUUCCAUGGGGUUGCUGCCAAAAUUAGGAAUUGCGGCCUGGGGGCAGAUGUCCCUGGGGUUUGGGAUCUCUACUAGCUUCCUGGCUGCAAUUGCUAUCGCCUUUUUCUCGAGGCAGCAAACUAUUUUGGGGGAUGGACAUUGGAUGAAGCUGAGUGAGAGCGCCGGGAAGUUAAUUUGUAUUCUUAUCGCCCUCCAUCCACUAUAUUUCAUCAUCCCGCUCGGCUUCUGGGUGUUAGCCAUUAAUGACGAAGAAAAAGCUCUAGCCUUCCACUAUGCGACCCAUCCAAUCGUCAAAAACUUUAUCUCUCAACCCACCUACUAUAGACUACAAGCAGAAAUGAAGGUCAUUACCGUACCGGCCGUCUCGGUUUACAACUCGAUAAUUUUUUGGGGAUUUAGCUAUCUCAUUAUACCGAGCUACCUUCAAAUACGCGGUUUGAAAGCGGCGACGACAACUUGGUACGCCUUCUUAUACCAACUUGGGCUCUAUUAUUUAGCAGCCUACUCAAUUUGGAUCUCAAUCUUGACGUGUUCACAUGGCGUCGCUUCUACAAUAGUCUUGUUUUUGUUCUACGGAAGUUACCGCCGAUUUUUAUACCAUUGGUUCACGAAGCUCACAAAGGUCGUCAAACCCACACCUCGUGAAACAGCCAGCAGCAUCUUUGUCGUGUCGCAAAAUCGGUUGACCCUGGACAGGACAAUUCGCCUCACAAAGGAUGAA